AUGGAUGUUCCCUCUCCAGAACCAAAUAGUGAUGCUCAAAGUGACCAAUUUCCUUUGCUAUUAGAGCAGAUGGAAAGCCCUAACGAUCAUGUGCACAUAAUUGAUGUAACAAGGAAUCGUGAUACUUCAGCAAGUUCAUCUAGUGAUGACCAACCUCCUAGAGUGGACUUGCCUCAGCAUGAAGACAGACCAUCAGCUAGUACACAUGCCCCCACCUAUCAAGCUGCUUCAUCCUCAAACAGAUUAAAUUCUAGGAAUUCGUCAUUUAUGAGGAGAGGUGAUGGGUACAGUCGUCGCCGAAGAAGCCCUUUGAAUUCAGGGUUAUGGAUUUCUGUUGAGCUUGUUGUCACUGUGAGUCAGAUUAUAGCAUCUAUUGUUGUUUUGUCAUUGUCGACAAAUGAAAAUCCACAAGCCCCUUUGUUUGCAUGGGUUGUGGGUUAUGCAUCAGGUUGUGUUGCAACACUUCCUAUUCUUUACUGGAGGUUCCGUAACCGCAACAGAGGUGCUGAGCAAGAAUCCAUUCAAUCGCAUCAAGGGUCUUCUGAAAGCAAUCCUCCUGAACCAAUGUCUUAUACAGCUAUUUCAAUUUCUCAAGCAUCUGAUGAAGAAAACAAUCGCACCUCAGAAACAGUCACAAAUAACCCUCAAAUUGCAGGACCCUUAAGUGCAAGACUUAAUGGGUUAGUGGAUCAUUUCAAGAUGGCCUUAGAUUGCUUUUUUGCAGUCUGGUUUGUGGUAGGCAAUGUGUGGAUUUUUGGAGGUCACUCUUCUCCCUCUGAUGCUCCAAAAUUGUACAGGUUAUGCAUAGUGUUCCUAACCUUUAGUUGUAUCGGAUAUGCCAUGCCAUUCAUACUAUGUGCAACAAUUUGUUGCUGCCUGCCCUGCAUCAUCUCUGUCCUGGGAUUUCGAGGGGAUUUUUCUCAGACUAGAGGAGCCACUGUGGAAUCAAUUAAUGCUCUCCCAACCUACAAAUUCAAGUUAAAGGAAAAUGAGACCAAUAAUGAUCACGAGUGCAACCUGGAUAGUGAAGGUGGGCUCUUGGCUGCAGGGACAGAAAAGGAGCGCGCAAUAUCAGGAGAAGAUGCGGUUUGUUGUAUUUGCUUGGCAAAGUAUGCAGAUGAGGAUGAGCUAAGAGAGCUACCAUGUUUACAUGUCUUUCACGUGGAGUGCGUUGACAAAUGGUUGAAAAUCAAUGCAUCAUGUCCCCUCUGUAAAAGUGAGGUUGGAGAGAGCAGCAGUGCCUCGCCAUUGGCCAGAGACUCGGACCAGCAGUAG